GUGACGCUUGGGAGGUCGGCCCACACUGCGUUCCGAGUUGCUUGAUUGUUUUGAUGUCCAAGAUACCACAGGGAAGCAGCAAUAGCGAGUGUCGAUGCAUUUUUAUAUUUGCGAUGAAGACCAUGCAAGAAGACAUGGCGGUCAGCAUCCUCCUGGACGCGUAUCUCCAAAAGAAGCUGUCAACUUGCCACUGCAAGCUCGUGCAAGAGGCCAAGCGGCUGCACUUACUCAAGCGCGAUAUUGAAGGCUGCUUGGAACGCCUUGUGAUUAUUCGCGCCCAACUGAGAGCGGAAGACGACGCCACCGCAACGCAAGGACCGGAGACAGAGUCGUCUGCGAGUGAGAGGGACCAAGAGCACCAGCUUAUGGCCGACAUAACCGACGCCCUCAAGAUCACAAAAGCCACCAUCCGGGCGCUCGUCCGUCGCAAGGCGGCGCUCACCAAGUCACGCGCUAGCCUUCACAACCGCCAGCGUCGAUUGGUCGAGCGCGCAUAUCGCUCGGGUACAUUCGUCAGCUUUGCCUCCUAAAUCAAGCCCGGCGCCAGCUCCCGGCGCCAUCACAAUUAAGAACGCUAGACAUCCAUAACUUAAGAAAUAUUGUUAUCAAAAGCUUUGUA